AUGCCAAGUCAUCAACUGAGUAUUAAUAGGUUUGAACAAAACAUAGUGUAUCUUGAUGAUUAUUUAGAUACACUAGAGUCGUUACCCGUAGAGAUGCAACGUAGUUUCACUCUAAUGCAACAGCUCGACGCAAAAGCUCAAGAAGAGAUCGAUAAUGUCGCUAAACAAUGCGAGCAGCUAGUGCAACGAAUAGGAGAGUUUUCACCCGAAGAAAGAACGGAACAACUUAAAAAAUUCAGUAAAAGUUUGUCUGCAGCUGGAAAAUAUGCAGAAGAAAGGGUAUCUCUUGCUACUUCAACAUAUGACACCGUCGAUCGUCAUAUCAGAAGACUUGACGAUGACCUUCAAAAAUUUGAAGAUGAACAAAUGACGGGUCCGGGAAGAAUAAACACCACUGCAACAGCCAGCUCGUCUCGUGAAGAAAACACACGGAAACAACUUCAAAAGACUGAAAAAGAAAGGAAGGAAGUUAAGGGUGAAAAAAGAGCACAACAUAACGGUGAGACAUCGGCCACUAAAAAACGCAAAACUACAAAGAAUGACGUUGGAACUCCACCACCUUCAAAUUCUAGACAUCAAGUGGAAAAAGAACGUGAGAAAACAGCUAAGACUUCGAGAAAAAGAGAAAACGGCAAAAAUAAUAGGUCUAAAGUUGCAGAUAAAACGUCAGUAAAUGAAGAUUCACAAGCGAUGGCGGAUAUGCCGAUUGAUCCAAACGAGCCACUUUAUUGUUAUUGUAAGCAAGUUAGUUAUGGAGAGAUGGGAAGUGGUAUUGUACAGAGUGCUCAGAGAAGGUGA